CUUCACUCUCGUUUACAUCAGUUUAAUUAAAUAAAAUUUUAUGGGGAAGAAUGAUGUUGCUGAUGAAACAAAUUUGUGAUGAGAGUAUCUUUGGUUGUGCUUCGAUUAGAAGUAGCUGAAGGUUAUCAACCUCUGGAAACAUUAUCGUUUAAAGCAGAAAAAUAUCUUGCUGAUUCAGCACUAAAGAAUAUAACGAAAGCGACAAGUGAUUUAAGUCUAACAUUACAAUCUGAGCCAGUAGAAGUCCCAAAUAACUUCAAAGACAUUCCAGAGCUUCAUAUUGGUAAAAGAAAAUACCAUGACAUUGCAGUGACUACUUACAACCAAGAAAUGGAUUUGGAUGAAAAUCCUCCACUCACAGAUGAAUGCAGAUUAAGAGAGCAACGCAUUAGUGAAUCUGCUGAAGUGAGUGCAAAGAAUGUAGCAAAAUCGCCACUGACAAUACAAUACUUUUCUGGUAAUCCAACAGUGGAGACAACAAGAGGAAUAAUGCAUUUAUAUAAAGAUGGCCGUCUAACACCUAUGGACUCUGACAUUUCAAGGAGUGAAUUAUUAUGCAUGCUAGGAGUGCCAGCUAAAUUCAACUGUCAGGAUUUGCAAAAGUACAUUGAACCAGCUCGAGACACUAUAGAACACAUUAAAAUAAUACGAGACAGCAUUCCAAAUCAAUAUAUGGUUUUAUUAAAAUUUAAAGAUCAGCAAGGCGCAGAUACAUUUUAUCAAGAAUAUGAAGGCAGACAAUACAACAUGCUGGAAACAGAGUGUUCACAUCUUGUGUAUGUAUCCAGAGUGGAAUCAAUGAAAUCAACGCAAGGCGGAUAUCUACCAGUUAAAAGUCUUACUGAACUUCCAACAUGUCCCGUGUGUUUAGAACGAAUGGAUGAAUCCGUUGCAGGUAUUCUGACUGUUCUUUGCAACCAUUCUUUCCAUAAUGAGUGUUUGAUGAAAUGGCAAGAUUCAUGUUGUCCCGUGUGUCGAUAUUGCCAAACGCCAGAACCAUCUUCAGAACAAAGUUGUUUUGAAUGCGAUUCGAAAGAAAGUUUAUGGAUCUGUUUGAUUUGUGGUUAUGUUGGAUGUGGAAGAUAUCAAGAACAACAUGCCUACCAACACUACCAAAAAACUGCUCAUACGUUCAGCAUGCAGCUUGGUAACCAACGUGUAUGGGAUUAUGCGGGAGACAACUAUGUUCACCGCCUUAUACAAAGUAAAGGAGAUGGCAAGUUGGUAGCUCUUAACCAAGAAGAAAAUAUAGAUUAUGGAAAGAUGGAUUCGUUAACAUUAGAGGUAAAUUGGCGCAUACGUGUUUCGAAUCGCACUAAUGACACGGUUGCUUGUAUAUAUGCCGUCCGUUAUCACAAGAUUCAAAAUUAUACCUAUCUACUCACGAAUCAGUUGGAAUCACAAAGAUUAUAUUUUGAAGAAAAGAUUGGUUUUAUGGAAAAAGACGCAUACGACAAGAUCUCUAUGAUGGAAGCUAGUUUGCACGACGCCGUGCAAUCAAAUCGAGAAUUAGAAAGAAAAUAUAUGGAGUGCAAAAAGGAUAAAAAGGCUGUUGAAAAAAAGUAUGAAAAUGUUGUAGCAAAAGCAACAAAAAUUACUAAAGAACUCCGUGAUGAGAGACAAAUGAACACAUGUUUGAGAGAGAAUCAGUCCACGUGGCAGACGAAAGUUGAGGAGCUGGAAAGAAAGUUAUUGGAAGUGGACGAAAAAAGAACGAACGAGAUACAAGAGCUUCAAUCACAAGUUUUUGAUUUGAUGAAACAUUUGGAAUUGCAGUCAGCUGUUGGGAAUGCUGAGCAUGGAGUGAAAGAGGACAUACAAGGCGGUCAAGUUUUCCUUGAUCAAGCGGAGGCAUCGCCAUCUAAAAGUGGAACAAAAUCGAGAAAAACACGAAAAAGAUAGCACGUCACAUAUUUGUCAUUCAUAUUACACUCUUUAAAUGUAAAGUUGUGUGCAAAGGUAGUGCAAACGAGCUGAGCUUUACA